AUGACCCAGGGCAAGCUCUCUGUGAACAGCAAACCCCCCAGCUCUGAGGGGCAGGGGGACAAGAAGGACAAUGCCACAGCCCCCCCGGCUCCUCCAUCCUAUGAGGAGGCAACAGCAGGAGAAGGGAUGAAAUCCGGGGCUUUCCCUGCCCCACCGGCGGCCCCGCUCCACCCCAGCUGGGCUUACGUGGAUCCCAGCACCAGCCCGAGCUACGGCAGCGGGGGGUACCCCGGGGACACGGAGCUGCUCACCACCUUCAGCUGGGAUGACCACAACGUGCGCAGGGUGUUCAUCAGGAAGGUUUAUGCCAUCCUGAUGGUCCAGCUCCUGGUCACUGUUGUCAUUGUGGCUUUUUUCACCUUCUGUGAGCCGGUCAAGGGUUACAUCCAGACCCACUCUGCCUGGUACUGGGCUUCCUACGCUGUUUUCUUCGUCACCUACCUGAUCCUCGCCUGUUGCUCCGGGCCCAGGAGAUAUUUCCCAUGGAAUGUGAUCCUGCUCAGCAUCUUUACUCUGUCCAUGGCCUAUCUCACUGCAAUGCUUUCCAGUUACUACAACACCAAGUCAGUGCUGCUGUGCCUUGGGAUCACGGCCCUGGUCUGCCUGUCUGUCACCAUCUUCAGCUUCCAGAGCAAGUUUGACUUCACGUCGUACCAGGGCGUUCUCUUUGUGCUGCUCAUGGUGCUGUUCCUGGGGGGACUGGUCCUGGCUGUCAUCCUGCCCUACCAAUACGUCCCGUGGCUCCAUGCGAUCUAUGCUCUGCUCGGGGCUGGGAUCUUCACCAUGUUCCUGGCCCUGGACACGCAGAUGCUGAUGGGGAACCGCCGGUACUCGCUGAGCCCCGAGGAAUACAUCUUUGGAGCCCUCAAUAUCUACCUGGACAUCAUCUACAUCUUCUCCUUCUUCCUGCAGUUCUUUGGCUCCAGCCAGGAGUGA